AUGGCGUCUGCGAAAGAUUCAGACCCAAUGCUAGGGUACCUAACCCGAAAAGAAACAGAGGUAAAGCUCCCACGUCCGACUAGGGUUAAGAACAAAACCCCAGCUUCAAUCCAAAUCACCGCUGAACAAAUCCUCCGCGAAGCUCGAGAGCGUCAAGAGGCCGAAAUCAGACCUCCUAAACAGAAAAUCACUGAUUCCACUGAGCUCGCUGAUUACAGGCUUCGCAAGCGCAAAGAAUUCGAAGACCUAAUCCGCCGAAUCCGAUGGAACAAGAGCGUAACUAUGGCGUCUGCGAAAGAUUCAGACCCAAUGCUAGGGUACCUAACCCGAAAAGAAACAGAGGUAAAGCUCCCACGUCCGACUAGGGUUAAGAACAAAACCCCAGCUUCAAUCCAAAUCACCGCUGAACAAAUCCUCCGCGAAGCUCGAGAGCGUCAAGAGGCCGAAAUCAGACCUCCUAAACAGAAAAUCACUGAUUCCACUGAGCUCGCUGAUUACAGGCUUCGCAAGCGCAAAGAAUUCGAAGACCUAAUCCGCCGAAUCCGAUGGAACAAGAGCGUUUGGAUCAAAUACGCCAAGUGGGAAGAGUCCCAAAAAGAUUUCAAUCGAGCCCGAUCUGUUUGGGAACGUGCCCUAGAAGUCGAUUACCGUGACCACACUACGUGGUUGAAGUAUGCAGAUUUUGAGAUGAAGAAUAAAUCCAUUAAUCAUGCGAGAAACGUCUGGGAUCGCGCGGUCACAUUGUUGCCUAGGGUGGAUCAGUUGUGGUAUAAGUACAUUCAUAUGGAGGAGAUGCUGGGGAAUGUCGCUGGUGCGCGACAAAUUUAUGAACGGUGGAUGGGUUGGGUCCCUGAUCAGCAAGGUUGGCUUUCAUACAUAAAAUUUGAGCUUCGUUAUAAUGAAAUUGAAAGGGCCCGAGCGAUAUAUGAAAGAUUUCUGACUGAACACCCGAAAGUGAGUGCUUGGAUUCGGUACGCAAAGUUUGAGGUGAAGAAUGGGGAGAUUGAUAGAGCGAGACAAUGCUACGAGAGGGCAGUGGAUAAGCUUGCGGAUGAUGAUGAGGCGGAGCACUUGUUUGUGGCAUUUGCGGAGUUUGAAGAAAGGUGUAAGGAGACCGAGAGAGCGAGAGCAAUAUAUAAGUUUGCACUUGAUCAUAUCCCUAAGGGACGUGCCGAGGAUUUGUAUAGGAAGUUUGUGGCAUUUGAGAAGCAGUAUGGUGAUAAGGAAGGGAUAGAGGAUGCUAUUGUUGGGAAAAGGAGGUUUCAAUAUGAGGAUGAGGUUCGGAAGAACCCACUUAAUUAUGAUGCUUGGUUUGAUUAUAUUAGAUUGGAAGAGAGUGUGGGGAAUAAAGAAAGGACUAGAGAGGUUUACGAGAGAUCCAUUGCCAAUGUACCUCCGGCUGAAGAGAAGCGCUAUUGGCAGCGAUAUAUAUACUUGUGGAUCAAUUAUGCUUUGUACGAAGAACUUGAUGCGCAGGACAUGGAGCNGUACGCAAAGUUUGAGGUGAAGAAUGGGGAGAUUGAUAGAGCGAGACAAUGCUAUGAGAGGGCAGUGGAUAAGCUUGCGGAUGAUGAUGAGGCGGAGCAGUUGUUUGUGGCAUUUGCGGAGUUUGAAGAAAGGUGUAAGGAGACCGAGAGAGCGAGAGCAAUAUAUAAGUUUGCACUUGAUCAUAUCCCUAAGGGACGUGCCGAGGAUUUGUAUAGGAAGUUUGUGGCAUUUGAGAAGCAGUAUGGUGAUAAGGAAGGGAUAGAGGAUGCUAUUGUUGGGAAAAGGAGGUUUCAAUAUGAGGAUGAGGUUCGGAAGAACCCACUUAAUUAUGAUGCUUGGUUUGAUUAUAUUAGAUUGGAAGAGAGUGUGGGGAAUAAAGAAAGGACUAGAGAGGUUUACGAGAGAUCCAUUGCCAAUGUACCUCCGGCUGAAGAGAAGCGCUAUUGGCAGCGAUAUAUAUACUUGUGGAUCAAUUAUGCUUUGUACGAAGAACUUGAUGCGCAGGACAUGGAGCGGACUAGAGAUGUGUAUAGGGAAUGUCUCAAGCUGAUUCCCCAUGAGAAAUUUUCUUUUGCAAAAAUUUGGUUGUUGGCUGCCCAGUUCGAGAUAAGGCAAUUAAAUCUCAAGGGUGCACGACUUAUCCUUGGAAAUGCAAUUGGAAAGGCUCCUAAAGAUAAGAUAUUUAAGAAGUACAUAGAAAUAGAGCUGCAACUUGGUAACAUAGACCGUUGCCGAACGCUCUAUGAGAAAUAUUUGCAGUGGUCACCAGAAAACUGCUAUGCAUGGAGCAAGUUUGCUGAGUUGGAAAAAUCUUUGUCUGAAACUGAGCGAGCCAGAGCUAUUUUUGAGCUUGCAAUUGACCAACCUGCAUUGGACAUGCCAGAAUUAUUGUGGAAGGCCUACAUUGACUUUGAGAUAUCAGAGAAUGAAUUUGAAAGAACAAGAACGCUGUAUGAGAGGCUUCUGGACCGGACAAAACAUUUGAAGGUCUGGAUUAGUUAUGCAAAGUUUGAAGCAUCUGCUGUGGAAGAGAAUGGCCAGGGUUCAGACUUGCCAGAAGAUGAUGUUCAAGAAUAUAUUCACGAACAACAAGAGCAGUGCAUUCAGCGUGCCAGAAGGGUUUUUGAGAGAGCCCUUAACUACUACAGAACAUCUGCACCUGAUCUGAAAGAGGAAAGAGCAAUGCUUUUGGAAGAGUGGGAAUGUCUCAAGCUGAUUCCCCAUGAGAAAUUUUCUUUUGCAAAAAUUUGGUUGUUGGCUGCCCAGUUCGAGAUAAGGCAAUUAAAUCUCAAGGGUGCACGACUUAUCCUUGGAAAUGCAAUUGGAAAGGCUCCUAAAGAUAAGAUAUUUAAGAAGUACAUAGAAAUAGAGCUGCAACUUGGUAACAUAGACCGUUGCCGAACGCUCUAUGAGAAAUAUUUGCAGUGGUCACCAGAAAACUGCUAUGCAUGGAGCAAGUUUGCUGAGUUGGAAAAAUCUUUGUCUGAAACUGAGCGAGCCAGAGCUAUUUUUGAGCUUGCAAUUGACCAACCUGCAUUGGACAUGCCAGAAUUAUUGUGGAAGAGAAUGGCCAGGGUUCAGACUUGCCAGAAGAUGAUGUUCAAGAAUAUAUUCGCGAACAACAAGAGCAGUGCAUUCAGCGUGCCAGAAGCCUACAUUGACUUUGAGAUAUCAGAGAAUGAAUUUGAAAGAACAAGAACGCUGUAUGAGAGGCUUCUGGACCGGACAAAACAUUUGAAGGUCUGGAUUAGUUAUGCAAAGUUUGAAGCAUCUGCUGUGGAAGAGAAUGGCCAGGGUUCAGACUUGCCAGAAGAUGAUGUUCAAGAAUAUAUUCGCGAACAACAAGAGCAGUGCAUUCAGCGUGCCAGAAGGGUUUUUGAGAGAGCCCUUAACUACUACAGAACAUCUGCACCUGAUCUGAAAGAGGAAAGAGCAAUGCUUUUGGAAGAGUGGUUUAACAUGGAAAACAAUUUUGGUGAUCUUGGUGAUGUGAGUUUGGUCCGUGUUAAGCUUCCCAAGAAACUUAAAAAGAGACGGCAAAUGGAGGCUGAGGAUGGUCCAAUUGGGUAUGAGGAGUAUAUAGAUUACCUCUUCCCUGAGGAAACCCAGACUACAAAUCUCAAGAUUUUGGAAGCUGCAUACAAGUGGAAGAAGCAGAAGAUUGUUUCUGAUGAGGAUUAG